ACGACUUCUCGACAACCACGCCAACCUCGCCCAUUUCCGCCGUUCAACCCUCCCCCUUCACAUCGCCAAAAUGUCUGACGCCGGAGAGAUCGAAGUCGAGCAGCCCCAGGGCUACCCCGUCCUGCCCAAGGAGGUUGCAUCCGAGAUUGGCAGCGUCAAGCUGUUCAACAAGUGGAGCUACGAGGAUGUCGAGAUCAGAGAUAUCUCUUUGACCGACUACAUCCAGAUCCGUCAGCCCGUCUACCUCCCCCACUCUGCUGGUCGUUACGCCCAGAAGAGAUUCCGCAAGGCCCAGUGCCCCAUCAUUGAGCGUCUCACCAACGCCCUCAUGAUGAACGGCCGCAACAACGGAAAGAAGAUCAUGGCCGUCCGCAUCGUCGCCCACGCCUUCGAGAUCGUUCACAUCAUGACCGACCAGAACCCCAUCCAGAUCGCCGUCGACGCCAUCGUCAACUGCGGUCCCCGUGAGGACUCCACCCGUAUUGGUUCCGCCGGUACCGUCCGUCGCCAGGCCGUCGAUGUCUCUCCCCUCCGCCGUGUCAACCAGGCCAUUGCCCUCUUGACCAUCGGUGCCCGUGAGGCCGCUUUCCGCAACAUCAAGUCUGUUGCCGAGUGCCUUGCUGAGGAGCUCAUCAACGCCGCCAAGGGUUCUUCCAACUCCUACGCCAUCAAGAAGAAGGACGAGCUCGAGCGUGUCGCCAAGUCCAACCGAUAAACGUAUCGCCUGGGCAGGCAUGCAAGGGAGGGAGAGGACGUGUUGGGUUUUCGAAAAGAACAUACAAAGAAUGGCAAGCCUUGUCUCUUUUUGCUUCAAUGCUGGCUUUGUCACGUUUCUGCUUUCUUCAAAAGGACCAACAUUUUUCUCUCUUGAACGUGAGAUGAAAAAAACCAACCACCAUUCCCCCGGAAAGAGGUGUAUCGUUCCCGUGUGAUCUAACAGGGCUGGAAAACAUGGGCGUUCUUCUUUUUCUUCCUUCUAAUGAUCUGGUGCUAUGCGACAGGGCUAGCUU